AUGGGUUGGUUCUGGGCAGACUCUCCCGCCAGCCAGGCUUCUGCAAAGCCUGUUGCACCUCACCCAUUCCCUGUUGAUGGACAAUCACCACCGCCACAAUGUCCCAUGCACAAAAAGACUGCCGAAGCCAUGGCUCCUCCGGCAGCAUGUCCCGUCAAGCACGACGCGAUGCCUACUCCUGCUGCUUGCCCAGUCAAACACGAUAAACCCGCCGCACCGCUCGCUUCAGCAUGUCCCGUACCUCACGCGGCUUCCAAGCCCGCAGAAGAACCUUCAACACUCUCGAAACUGAACCCUCUCAACUGGAUGUUCAGUGACUUGUCCCAAGAAAAAGCGCCUCAGCAGACACACGCCCUUCCCACCGAACGCGAGGAAUCCACCAUCCCUCGAGGUGACGGUGCCGGCACAUGGGAGUAUCCUUCGCCACAGCAAAUGUACAAUGCCCUCUUGCGCAAGGGAUAUACCGAUACAGACGUCACAGCCGUAGAGAGCAUGGUCAGCGUGCACAACUUUCUCAACGAAGGCGCCUGGGCCGAAAUCAUGGAAUGGGAGAAGCGCUUUGCCGGAGGUCUGAAAAAGGGCUGGCAGCUAUGCUCGGCCGGAGAGCACAACUUUGAUAAAAUGGCAAGGAAAUAUGGCUAUGAAAAGGAGAUUGACGACCUUGCACCCAGUCUGGUCAGAUUCCAAGGAAGGCCGCAGGAAAUGACUCCCAAGGCCGCCAUGAUUCAAGUCAUGGGCUGGCUGUAUCCUGCCAUGUUUGGUACGGAACCCCCCUUCGAUCGCCACGACUGGUUCGUCUCUCGUGAAAUCAAUGGCGAGAAGAAGGAAAUCCGCUACAUUAUUGACUACUAUUCGGGCGCCCCCGAGGAAACCGGCGAGCCCGUCUUUUAUCUCGACGUCCGCCCCGCAAUGACCCCGACACAAGCAUGCGAGCGAAUGCUUCGAUGGGGAACUGAUACAUGGUGGAAGGCGUCUGGAGGUGAUGUCCGUGAGCAGGAGAAACUCGACGCUCGCAGAAGGGCUAGAUCCUAA